AUGUCUAUGUUGACACCAAAGAAACAGAAAAUACUAAGACAAGUUCAAGGGAAAGUGAAAGCCAUGAAACGUGUUUGCAAACAACUAAGAAAACAGAAUUUGACUUUUCGUGAAACUGUAGAUAAGGCAGCUGACCUUCAGCUUAGAGAGCUCAAGAAUAUGUCAACUGCAGCCUAUCAUCUCCUAGCAUCACAGCUACGCUUCAAAAAUAUAAAACCCCAAGGAAGACGUUGGACAGUAGAUGAGAAGAUUCUAGCUCUUCGUGUUACUCUCUUCUUCGACGCAUGCUUGUUUUGCCAUCCAAGAAAAAAUUAUUGAACUUGCUGAAUGCUAUACCCUUCAAGUGUGGUGUUGACAACCGAGUAAUGCUUCUCAUCAAAGAAAUUAUUUCAUCACUUUUGUCUCCAGAUCGUUAUUGUGCAUUAAUGUUCGAUGAAAUGUCUUUGAAAGAACAUGUUCAAUAUUGCCCUAAAGAGGACAAAAUUGUGGGAUUUGUUGACAGUGGCAGCUCUCGAUGUGCUGAUUGGGCAAACUAUGCUAUGGUGUUCAUGUUACGAGGUCUAAGGAAGAAGUGGAAACAGCCAGUUGCCUGUUAUUUCACACAUGGUGGCAUGAAAGGUGGAAAACUGAAAGCUGCAGUUGAAGAAGUACUAGCUUGCUGUUUCGCAGUUGGUUUAAAUAUUGUUGUCACAGUUUGUGACAUGGGCACCAACAAUGUGUCAGCAUUGAAGCAGCUUGGAGCAAAAUUUCCAGACCCAGUGUUUCAUUUCAUUGGACAUGAGAUUGCUGUUGUUUUUGAUCCGCCACAUUUAUUGAAAUGUACUAGGAACAUGUUUCUUUCACACAUAGUGAGGGGUGUGAAUUUUCGUGGGGAGAUACCAAUCACUGGUGCUGCCAGGUGGGAACACAUUGAAAAAAUGUACGAGGAAGACAAGAAAUCAAUUUUCAGACUAGCACCAAAAGUUACUGAAGGACAUCUGGCUCCAACUUCAAGUGAGCGAAUGAAGGUAUCGACAGCAGCCCAAGUCAUGAGUCACACUGUUGCAGCAGCUAUCCACAGUUUUGUCAGUAGAGAUAUACUUCCUCCAGAAGCUACUGUGACAGCAUCGUUUGUAGCUGAUGUCGAUGAAUUGUUCGACAGUUUCAACGGUUCUGACAGAUAUCCCGACACUGGCAAGCCCCUCAGGUGCUGCUUGUCGGAGUCAAGUCCACAUUUAGAGUAUUGGCAAGAAAAAGCUAAAAGCCUCAUCCACAACUGGCAGUUUUGCACUGAUCCUGUUGCUGACCGGAGGUUAAGGCGUGAGAGAAAACAAAAAACACCACCGUUGAGACCAGGUAAGAAACGAUGCACUGUCUCACAUCCACCUUCACAGUGGGGAUGGAUAACGUCCAUCAAUGCAGUCAUCAAUGUUUGGAAUGUUGUAUCAGAAGCAGGCUUCAGCUAUUUGCAGCUGCGAGCACUUAAUCAAAAUCCACUCGAAAAUCUUUUUGGGUCGAUUCGUUCGUAUUGUGGUGCAAACACCAAUCCAACUUGUGUUCAGUUUGCUGCUGCUUUGAAAACUGCCAUUGUUAAUGGAUUGGCUUUCAAGAGUUUCUCAGUUGAAACAGGAGAUGCAUCCAUUCUGUCAUCAGCAUAUGUUGCAGUGUUUAUUGCCCACAAGCUGUUGGAGAAAGUUAAGUGUGACAAGUGCAAACUGUCCCUUGCGGCGGGCGGCGGUAGCAGCUCUGGAUCGGCGGCGGCCAAGGUGCCGGCCGCCUGGUGGGGUGACUGCGGUCUGGUGGCUCGUUGCGGGCGGGCGGUGCUUGGCACGGCCCGGCUCGGCCUCGCUGACAGGCUGGUGCUUAGCAGCCGGUGUUGGGUGGGCGGUAGGCUGUGUGGCCCGGGUCUUGGUCACGCUCGUGGUUUGUGGAGUAUGCUGGCGGGGCGUCGCGGCGUCAACCUGCGCCGCGUCAGGCGGGCACAGCCUGAGGCGUCUUGGUCUGUUUUCGAGGGCGUCUCGGCGCGAUGGACUGAUAGUGGUGCAGUCGGCGUCGGAUGGAAGCUCGCAGGCCAGACCAGCUGUGUCUCAAAGCCAGGCGGACACAGUGAACCACCAAAUCCGGGCGGCGGUGCGUCACUGAGGCGUCGCAUCAGCGUCGGGGCGCCGGGCGUCUCAUUGCAUGGCACUUUCUCGACUACCGGUGCGGAUGGCGGUGAUGUGGCCGGGCAGUCCGGCGACAUGAUGGCGUCAAAUCCGGGUGGCGGUGCGUCAAUCAGGCGUCGCGUCGGCAUCGGGACGCCGGGCAUGGCAGGGCGAUUCAGCGGCAGGAUGAUGUCGAAACCAGGAGGAGGCAGCGUCGUGAUGCAUGAAGUUGGCAACGAGUUACAAGGCGUCGGUGACGAGUCAGGCCGUGCAAGCAGCGGGUCGAGUGUCUGUGACGAGUCGGGCGGCGUCAGAACGUACCUUUGUGGGGGCUGGGUUGGGCGGCGAGCGGCGGCGGCGGGCGGGGGCGAGGUAGUGGCGUCGGGGGACGUCGUAGACAAACGACGAGUCGCUGGGAGCAGUGCUGACUGUGGCGUGCCGGUGCCUAAAAAUGGGCUGUAA